CCAGAUCACUGUAUUUCUUGUCUCUGCACCUCAGAUGGGACAUUCAUGUUUAGGUGACUAACUACAGGAACAUCAAAAUGCCUAAUCUUGAACAUUCAGCAUACCCAGCAGCUACACUGCUUCAACUGGAAAGUUUGGUGCCUUGUCGAGAAUCCCAAGUGUCCAUGUUGCUGUCAAUAUUUGGAGAGCGUCAGCAGUUUAGUUUUCCAUCCAUCUUUAUCUACGGACAUACAUCUAGUGGAAAGACCUAUGUGAUGCAAAAUCUUUUAAGCACCUUACAGCUUCCUCAUGUGUUUGUGAACUGUGUGGAAUACUUUACUUCACGACUUCUUUUAGAAGAAAUUCUCAUCCAGUUGCAAAGCUGUUCUUCUGAGCCAGAACAGACUUCUCAUGUGCGUUGUGAUACUUUCAAUGACUUCGUACGUCUGUUUAAACAAGCUGUUGUGAGUCAAGAGCUUCAGGAUCAAACAUUAUACAUUGUACUGGAUAGAGCAGAGCAGCUGAGGGAAAUGGAAGCAAACAUCCUGCCAGCAUUUCUUAGGCUUCAAGAGUUGACUGACAGAAAUGUGACAGUUGUCCUGCUCAGUGAAAUAGUAUGGGAGCUGUUCCGUCCAAAUACUGGAUGCUUUGAGCCAUUCACCUUGUAUUUUCCUGAUUACAGCAUAGGACACCUGCAGAAGAUCUUGUCUCAGAAUCAUCCCCCAGAAUAUUCUGCAGAUUUCUAUGCCGCAUAUAUCAAUAUUCUGCUUGGUGUCUUCUACAUGGUCUGUAGGGACCUGAAGGAACUUCAGCAUUUGGCAGUGCUUAAUUUUUCUAAAUACUGUGAACCCGUGGUCAGAGGAGAAGCAAAUGAACGUGACACCCGCAAACUCUGGAAAAAUAUUGAACCUCAUUUGAAGAAGGCAAUGCAGACUGUUUAUCUCCGGGAAAUAUCCAGCUCACAGUGGGAGCGCUUACAGCGUGAUGACGGAGAACCCGGGCAGUUGAAAGGUAUCAAAUACAGUAACUCU